AUGUAAGCACAGUAGUUAUACAAUGAGUUAAAGCGAGUGAGAGUCGAACUAGACAAAUCUAGGGAAGAAAAAGAGGAUCUUAGGGAAGAGAUGAGGGAGAUGACUCAAAUGUACCUAAAGAUUAAGCAAGAAAGAGACAAAUACAGGCUAUAAAUGGACUAAGUUAAGAAAGAUUAUGAAAAUAUGGAGAAAAUCAUCAAAGAUAAUGUCGACAGGGCAAUCAAAAACAAGGAGAAAUAGUUCAUUGACCUCAAUUAGAAACUAAAGGAGCAAUAAGAGAGGAUAUCACAGCUUGAAAACUAUAAAAAAUGCUACUCAGACACAAUAAAUUACCUAGAAAGUCAAGUAAGUUCUCUAAGAGAGGAGAUUUAACAUGAAAAAAGCAAAAACCAUUAACUUGAGGAGGAGCUCAAGGGAAAGGAAAAUAUGUUCGAAUAAGUUAAUUCUGGCUCUCUAUAUGAUGAGAAGAUUCGUUUGAAAUAACUUAGAUUUGAUGAUGAUGAAUUGCUGAGGAAAUAUAACGGAAAUCAAAUUUUAGAAGAGACAAACUUUGAUGAUGGGGUUAGGGAAAGCUUUGCAGGGCAUCAUGGCCCUGAGAAGGAAGUUAGGACAACAGAGGGAGAUGAUUGUUCUUACGAUGAACCUACUAAUUGUAGAUUGAGGGAAGAUACCAACGCAAGCAUGAUGUUUGGCUUAAAUCAAAACUCUACCCCAGUUAUGUUGAACCAAAUAGCCAUACAGGUCAAGUAAGGUGACAGUGCAAAAAAAGUCAACAAUAAAGCAACUCCAGCAAAGGUCGCUCCAAUGGAUUCCAAAAAAUUAAAGUUUGAGCACCCUUAAAUUUAAGAAGAAACGAAAACAGCCUAAAGACAGCCAAAAGAACUCACUGACUUUAUGCUAUCCUAAGACUCAAUAAAGUAGAUUGAAGAGGCAGCAGACCAAGAAACUAAGGAAGAGAGAUAGAAACUAGAUGCUAUCGAACAGAAAAAGAGGGACUUCGCCAAAGUCCUGAGAUAGAAACAAGAUAUGGAGUUUAAGCAGAAAUAAGACCUGACAAAGCAAGAUAGGCUAAAGUAUUUACUAAAGUAAAGUGAAAUUUUCACUCACUUUAUCCUCCAAGCAAACAAAAAAUCUGCUGGAAAUUAAAAUGAUGAUCAUGCUGAUCAGUUCAAGCAAAAACUCAACCAGGGCUUCAGGAGAGGAGACUUUGGAGGCAAAACUUCGGUAUCAAAGAGACACUAGAAGAAGGUAUCGAAAAAUGUUGACGACGAGGCUGAGGUCGCAAGUGACCAGGUUUUGACAAGACUUGAGACUUAACCUUCAAUUCUGAAAGGUGGAUAACUUAGAGACUAUUAAUUAGAUGGACUUAAUUGGUUAAUAGGGUUAUAUGAGACUGGAAUAAAUGGCAUCCUUGCCGAUGAGAUGGUAUCUAACCUUAAUCUUAAUAUGUAUAUAGGGGCUGGGAAAAACAAUUUAGACAAUUUCUUUAGUUGCAUUUUUGAGAGAAUUUAAGCAGUUCCUAAUUGGAUGAAUGAGUUCAAGAAGUGGUGUCCAGAGGUUCGAGUCAUCAAUCUGAUAGCUAGGAAAGAGUAAAGGGAAGAAAUUCUGAAAACAUAGCUCUUGCCAGGCAAAUUUGAUGUUGUUGUGACAACCUUCGAAGGUUGCAGAAUUUGCCUUUCAAACCUUUUAAAAUUCAAAUGGGAAUAUUUAAUGAUUGAUGAGGCCCACAAGAUUAAGAAUGAGGAGAGUUAAAUAUCGUAGAAACUUAGAUAACUAGAUUCUAGGUACAGGCUGUUACUUACUGGUACUCCAUUAUAAAAUAAUCUUCAUGAAUUAUGGAGUCUUUUGAAUUUUUUGCUUCCAGAAGUUUUUACAUCAGCCGAGGAUUUCGACGAAUGGUUUGAUCUCAGCAAAAAUAAUGAAAACAUGACUGACAAAGAAAAGGAAGAGAGAAAUACCGAGAUAGUCCAACAGCUUCAUAAAAUUCUCAGACCAUUCCUGCUCAGAAGAAUAAAGAAAGAGGUGGAGAAGAAUUUACCGCCUAAAGUAGAAAUUCAUGUCAAUGUAGGAAUCACAGAGAAUUAAAAGCACAUCUACAGACAACUUCUGAAGAAAUCAACCAUUGAAAAAGGUACAUCUGUCAGUUUUUAUAAGAAUAUUAUCGUCUAACUUAGAAAGAUUUGCGACCAUCCAUAUUUAUUCGAUGGCUAAGAACCCCCUGGAGCCGAAGAAUUUGGAGAGCAUAUAAUUACUUCUUCUGGGAAGAUGAUUUUUGUGGAUAAAUUACUCAAAAAGGUUAAAGAAGAAAACUCAUAAGUACUUAUUUUUUCAGGAUUUACUUCAAUGCUUGACAUUCUAGAAGAUUACUGUCUGUUUAGAGAAUAUAAGUAUUGCAGACUAGAUGGAAAUACCGAGUUAGAUGAUAGAGAGAAGUUUAUAGAGGAUUUCACAAGCCCUAAUUCUGAUAAAUUCAUUUUCUUAAUCUCAACAAGGGCUGGAGGACUUGGUCUAAACUUAAUGACUGCAAAUAUUGUCAUACUUUAUGAUAGUGAUUGGAAUCCUCAAAUUGAUCUAUAGGCUAUGGAUAGAGCUCAUAGAAUCGGUUAAAAGAAGAUUGUCCAGGUAUUUAGGUUAGUUACUUAAAAUACAAUGGAGGAAAAAAUGAUUGAAAAGCAAACUAUGAAACUUAAGCUUGACUCUCUAAUUAUUUAAAAAGGAAGAGUAGCUCCUAAGCAUUCUGGAUUUUAAAAGGAUGAACUAUAAGACAUGGUAAAUUAUGGAGCUGAUGAAAUAUUUAAAGUUGGAUCUGAUGUCUAAGAAGAGGACAUAGAAGAAUUGAUCAAGAAAGGACAAGAAAAAGCAAUGGGUAUGCAAAAAUUAGCAGAAGAGCAAGUUAAGAAUAAAUUUGACAUGCUAGAUUUUUCAAUGAAUACUAUGAAUAUGUAUUAGUUUGAGGAUGUAGACUAUCUUUAAGAGAAAAGAAAGGAGUAAUAGUAAACCCUUUAAAAGCAUAUUGUUAAUAUGCUUAAUGAUGAAGUAAGAGGCGGAAGAAGAGAAAAGAAAAUGGCUUCUAUGAAUUUGAAUGAGAGUAAGUUGUUCCCAAAAUUCUUCUAAGGUGGAGCGAUUGGGGUUUCUAAUGAAACUAAGAAAAAGAAACUCACAAAGGUAACUGACUUCAGAUUUUUUCCAAACCCUGAGAGAUUAAAGUAUCUCUUAGAAAAAGAACUGAAUGCUAAGUAUACAGGAUAUCUAUAGGGAAUAGAAUAAGUUAUUUUCACUGAAGAGGAAAGAAAGGAAAAAGAAGCAUUAUGGGAUGAGGGGUUCAUAGAAUGGGAUAGACGUGACUAUCAGAGAUUCUGCUAAGCUUUGGAAAUAUAUGCAAAAGAUGAUUUCCCAUCAAUAUCUUAGCAUAUUGUAACUAAGGCUCCUGAACAAGUAGAAAGAUAUUCCAAGGUGUUUUUCGCCAAGAUUGAUACUUUGGCGGAUUCGGAAAAGAUCAAGAAAAAUAUGGAGAAAGCAGAGAAAAUGUUAUCAUUCAAAAGCAAAGCUCCCUAGAUUAUAAAGACCAAAGUCAUGGCUUAUGAGAGCCCUCUAGAUGAGAUGGUAAUUUACGCAACUUAGAAGUCAAAAUAUUUCUCAAAAGAAAGUGAUAUUAUCCUAAUUUGCUUGACUAAUCAAUACGGUUAUGGCAAAUGGAGAGAGAUCAAGAAGGCAAUAAGAAGAGAUCCAAGAUGCAGAUUUGAUCACCUAUUCCUUUCUAGGAAUGAGUAAGAGCUAUAGAGACGUGUAGAUAUAUUAGUAAAAGCUCUUGAAAAAGAAGAGGAAGUUAAUAAAAAGAAGAAUGAGAUGAUUGUAGGUAUUGAUCAUGAUAUCCCUAUGGAAGAUUAGGACUUAGGAGAAGAUGCUGACAAGAUGGAUCAAUCUGAAGAGAGUAAAGUUGCUAGCAUCCCAAGAUAAAAGAAAUAACCAGUAAAGAAAAAUAGUAUGAGGAGAGAGCAGACAAUAAGUGAUGAAAGUGAGGCUGAGGAUGAAUCGAUAGGACAGCGCUAAUAUGACGAGGAAGCUAAAUAUAGUCAUUUAAGGUAGGAUGCAGAGUUGAAUAUUGGUGGUGGGAAAAUAUUGAGAAGCGAUGAUGAGGAUGAUUUGAAGCAGAGAAGUGAUGUAAAGAAGAAGAAGGUGAAAGGACCUAAAAUGAAGAAUACUUCCAAAGAUUCCAAGGAUAACCUUAAACAAACCAAAUUACCUUUUGGAAAUCCUAAAAAUUGUAACUUUAAUGAUUUAUAAUUUAUUUAGCCCUCGCUGGUAUGA